AACAAAAAAAAACAAAUAUUGGAGUGUUAUCAAAAGAUUAAAUUUAUUUAAUAAAUGUCGUUCGCAAUGCUUCUUAGGUUCUAUUUCUUUGAAUGCAUUUUUAUUAUAUUAGUGUAAGGCACAUUUAACUAUUUCCCAAGCAUAGAAAGAAAUAUUUAUGAACUAUCAUGGAAUACCUUAAUAUUGCGUUAACUGAUAUUAUUAAAGGAUUGCAUGGCAUGAAUUCCCUACUUUGAUUCCAAUUGCGCUUCUGAUUUCUGGUUGUGUAUACGGAGUAAACGAGAAUAUCUUUAAGGUGAACUGGUAACUUCCCGGUUACUCCUGAGCAGAGAAUUCCCUUGGCUCAGGUGAUCAGGCAGGAGCUGCGGCGCCAUUCUGGGCGGAGAGUUCGCCGACGGACUGUAGGACCCGGCGGUGCCGGGCUGCCUCGAGUUCCCGUCAGGCGGCGACCGCGUCUCCUCACAUGCUCGGUGAGCGCCCGACUGGCCAGUGUAAUGGCGCUGAUGGAAAAGAAGAGCCCGGGUAAGGUGCUGCUGGACGACACGGUGCCGCUGGUGUGCGUGAUCGAGGCCAGCCAGAGCCUUCAGUCCCACACGGAAUACAUCAUUCGUGUGCAACGUGGAGUUUCAGCAGAGAAUAGUUGGCAGAUUAUCAGAAGAUACAGUGACUUUGAUGUCCUCAAUAGCAGUUUGCAGAUCUCAGGCUUGAUUCUACCUCUACCUCCCAAAAAGCUCAUUGGAAAUAUGGAUCGUGAAUUCAUAGCAGAAAGGCAACGGGGACUUCAGAAUUACUUAAAUUUCAUUACUACGCAGUAUAUGUUGUCCAAUUGUGAGCUGGUUAAAAAAUUUCUGGAUCCUAUCAACUACUCUUCCAAUUACACUGAAAUCGCCUUGCAACAGGUAUCAAUGUUCUUCCGUUCUGAACCCAAAUGGGAAGUGGUUGAACCAUUAAAGGAGAUGGGUUGGAGAUUAAGAAAACGACACCUUUUAAUAAAAAGUAAGGAUCGUCCCAAAGAGCGACAAGUAUUAAGCUGGGCUGAUCUUGGUCCUGAUAUGUUUCUCUCUGAUAAAGACCUUCAGUCAGUAAUGAAGCUUUUACCUUCUUGGUCUCACCCGUACAUAUAUCCUGUCACAUUUGCCACAGCCAGUGAAUCUUCAGGGCUUGUUAUCCGAAUGUACAAUGAAAAAGGAACACUGAGAGAUUAUAUCUGCAAGGCUAAGCCAAAGGAUUGUUUUAUGAAGAAAUACUGCAGUCCAAAGAAAAGUCAAGGAUUUGACCUUCAGCAGAUAAAAACAUUUGGAAGACAAAUUCUGGAGGUUUUGAAGUUUCUUCAUGAGAAAAGAAUUCCAUAUGGACAUCUUCAUGCCUCAAAUGUGAUGCUUGAUGGUGAUACAUGUAAAUUAUUGGAUAUAGAAAACUCAUUGCUGGGAUUGCCCAGUUAUUAUAGACCUUAUUAUACACAGUCCAGGAAAAUAAAUACAACGGAAGCUAUUGAUGUGUAUUCCUUUGGCCAUGUAUUAUAUGAAAUGACUUACGGAAAGCCACCAGAUUCUGUACCAGUAGACAGCUUCCCAUCUGCUCCUUCUUCAGAUAUAGUAUCUGUGUUGCAGUCCAUCCUUUCUGCAGAAGCUUGGAAAACAAAUAUGCCAACAGUUGCCCAGCUGAUAGAGACACCAUUGUUUAUCGAUGUUGUGCUUCUUAAUUCUGAGAAGCCCCAGUUUAAGAUACCUAGUAAGUUGAAAGAAGCUUUAAAAGCAGCAAAAGAGUGCAUGGAAAAAAGACUGACUGAAGAACAGAAAGCAAUUCAUCGGCAUAAAAGACUCGCAAAAGCACAGUCUCACCAUGGAUCGGAGGAAGAGAAGAAGAAGAGGAAGAUCUUGGCUAGGAAGCAGAAGUCAAAGCUGUCUAUAACUGAGAAUGAAGUGGAUAACUCAGCUAAAAGCAACAACUCAAACAAUGCAAAUUCUGGCUCUGGUGCUAGUUCUCCUUUAACAUCACCGUCUUCACCAACUCCUCCAUCAACUGGAGUUUCUUCAGUCCCUCCACCACCACCUCUUCCCCCGUCUCAAAAGCCUGAAGUCGAACUUUCAUCUGAAUCCAUUCCUGCUGCCAAUGGUACAGGCAGAGGAGCCUUACUCAAUUCAAUUCAAAACUUUAAAAAGGGGCACUUGAAGCCUACAACUAUAUGUGAUCGCAGCAUCCCCAUAAUCAAAUAAUACAUCAUAUUUGAAUACUAAACCGAAGUUGGCAGGAUAAAAUAUGCCAGCUGUGUAUUUGGGACAAGAGUUUUGAACUAAUGUACAGGACAAUCAUUCCUUUUUAAAAGCACCUGCUUAUAAUGAAUCUACAGUAUAUUGCAGCCAUUGUGUUUUCCUUAUGGGCAUACUUCACCCCCUUGUGGUCAUAGUUAUGUUUCUAAAGGUUACUCUCAUUAAGCACAUAGUGUGGACUUAACUGUGGAGCCAGUGAUCUGCAAUAAUUUAACAUUGAGAUAAUACAAAAAUGACAGCAAUCUAAUUUGCAAUAAUGUAUCUUAAGAAAUUGCUGUAGUUUGACUGUACUCUAACCUUGGAUUUUCUGAAGUGCACUUUAAAGAUUUGAUUUACUGUAUAAACAAAGAAACAGCCAUUUCUAUGCAGAAAAUUUUCAUAGUAUAUGUACAAAUUUCUUGUAAACAAUGACUAGAUAUUCAUUUAAUAUUUUAUUAAAAUAAUUGUCUUGGCAA